GUGACCUCGGCGGUUCACAAUCAGCACAAAAACACCUUUCUACCGCAUAGUCCCCACCCAAACCACACACCAUCAUUCCAAAUUGCUUGUUUGUGGUUCUGUGAAUUCUGUAAUUAUUUUUUGCCUGCCACCACUUUCUCUCUCUAGAACACCCACUUUCCCUCUCGACUACACUCCUCUGCCCCUGGCAUCAUGGAGACCAACAAGCCACAGAAGAAGAAGAAGUGGUUCCUCCCACUAGUUUUCUCACUCCUCCUCUCUUCAAUUCUCAUCAUUUUCUCUCUCUUCACCUCCUCCUACCCAUUUCAGCAGACACCCAUCAAACCACAAGCCCCGUUGUUUGUUGAAUCAAAGCUGCACAUAUCCACAACCGUGCCACGCUCAGUACCAAGACUAGCCUACUUGAUUUCUGGGUCGAGUGGUGAUGGUGAGAGUUUGAAGAGGACACUAAAGGCUCUCUACCAUCCUUUGAACCAGUACGUCGUGCAUCUAGACCUUGAAGCUUCAGCUGAGGAGAGAUUGGAAUUGGCGAGUUUUGUGAAAAAUGAGGCAUUGUUUGUAAAAGUGGGUAAUGUUAGGGUAGUGGUUAGAUCCAAUUUGGUUACUUACAGGGGACCUACGAUGGUCACUAAUACGCUUCACGCGGCCGCGAUUUUGUUGAAGGAAGGUGGAGAGUGGGAUUGGUUCAUCAAUUUGAGUGCUUCUGAUUAUCCUUUGGUGACUCAAGAUGAUCUGCUUCAUACUUUGUCAAGUAUUCCAAGACACCUUAAUUUUCUCGAGCACACUAGCGACAUUGGUUGGAAGGAGUUCCAGAGAGCCAAGCCCGUAAUAAUCGAUCCAGGCCUGUAUAGUUCGCGGAAAUCAGAUGUAUUCUGGGUCUCUGAGAAAAGGAGUGUGCCUACGGCAUAUAAGCUGUUCACAGGUUCUGCUUGGAUGAUGCUCUCUCGCCCCUUCAUGGAAUUUUGUUUAUGGGGUUGGGACAACCUCCCAAGGAUAGUCCUAAUGUACUAUGCCAAUUUUCUUUCUUCACCCGAAGGGUAUUUUCACACAGUCAUUUGCAAUGCUGAAGAGUUUCGAAACACCACUGUAAAUCAUGACCUCCAUUUCAUAUCUUGGGACAACCCUCCAAAACAACACCCACAUUUUCUCACAGGAGAUGACUACCAGAAAAUGGUAGACAGUAACGCCCCCUUUGCUAGAAAGUUUGGCAGGAAUGAGGUAGUUCUCGACAAGAUCGAUUCUGAGCUUUUAGGCCGCAAUGGUGAUGGGUUUGUGCCAGGCGGAUGGUUUGACAUAGGAGAAAUGAAUGUGACUGCCCCACAUUACAUUACUGCAAAUACAACUGUUCUUAGACCUGGUCCAGGGUCUGAAAGAAUUAAAAACCUCAUUACUGGUUUGUUAUCUGAUAAAGAUUUCAGUGCAAAGCAUUGCAUCUAACACUUGAGUUGCAGCCGCAAAUUGAAUCUGCUGCAAGGCACCCAUCUUAACAGUUGAUGGAUCAAUUAACACUCUUCUGUCCAAUCAAUAAUGGUGGGCUGCUAACCAGAAUGCUUUGAUGACCGGAAUAACGAAGGUGAGAAGGAAAAUGAGUAUAUGUUUGUGUUUUUACCUUCUUCCUUUCAACAUUAUAUAUUAUUAUAGCUCAUUGGCUGAAGGUGCGGUUCAGUGUAUUAGUCAGUUCAUGCUAAAGAAAUAUAGUUUUAACAUGCUGUUAAUGUCAUGUAUCCGAACAUUAUUGAGAUGAUUUUGUAGUCUAAAGUGAAAUAUUAAGCUAAAAUUACAGGAUUUUUUAAAA